AACGUAAACUAUUGACGCAUUCUAAAUAGAUCACAUAUGCACUACUAACAAAAUACAUACAUUUUUUAGGGAUGGUCGAAGUCAAACAGAGUCAGACCGCGGCAUUUCUUAAAACUAAAAUAUUGGACACAUUAGCUGAAUACAACGUGCCAAUUGAAAAUAUUUUCUCGGUAACAGUAGACAACGGGGCCAACAUGGUGGCAGCUGUUAAAAAGUUACGCCAAGAAUUGGAGCAAGCGUUGUUGGAGAAACUAGAUGAUGGAAAUGAGGAUUUUGAGAAGACAACAGAUGAGCAUGAACCGGAACGCGAUAUUUCCGCUGAACUGUGCGUUGAAUUCCAGGAGCGCAUCAAUCUCGUGAGAUGUGCGGUGCACACUCUGCAACUGUCGAUACUGGAUGUUGUGAACAAGUCCCACGAAAGCGUAAAAGGUCUAACUGAACUGGCGAGAAAAUCAAAAAACAUGAAGUACCAGACAAAUUUUGACCACCACAAUGCCACACAUCCUCAAAUUUGGUGCCAAACCAGAUGGGGUGGAAUCUUUGAAAUGGUGGAGGCAUUUAAAACUCAGAGGACUUUCUUCGAACAACUGGCUGCUCAGUUUCCAGAGCUUGAUCUUACCAACCAUUGGAAAUUCAUAGACGACUACUAUGAAGCAUUCAAGCCUUUGUACAUCUGUACCAAGAGGAUGCAAGCGGAGCAUGUUUCUUUGCCUGACUUUUACAUGCUUUGGCUAAGGGCCAUAAGCGAAGUGCGAAAGGUCACCGGUAAUCAAUUCGUUCCUGGCUUGCUUACUUCGCUCAAUACAAGGCUAACAACCCUUCGAGGAUCAAGGGCCUUCAAAAUGGCUCUUUUCCUUGAUCCACGAUUCAACUAUCGUGGAUCAAAGUUUUUCUCACCUGAGGAGAAAAUGGAAAUUAUGGGGUACAUCAACGAAACAUGGCAGCGGAUUCGCCAACUACAAUCGCCAGCAUCCACUUCAAGCACAAGGAACGAAUCUCUGUCAGAGUCCGAACGAAAUGAUGAUUUUGAUGAGUAUCUCACUGAGAUGUACGGUGGCUCUGUCAAUACUGAUGGAGAACCCAGCGAGACGAAGUUUCUACAACAACUACAGUCACUGGACUUGGAACCACGCCAGAAUUCUAACUACAACGUUUGGGACCACUGGUUGCGACGUAAGACAACACAUCCCGAGUUGUAUGCUGUGGCCAUGGUUGUGUUGUCCACACCAUCAAACCAGGUCUCAGUAGAAAGGGCCUUUAGUGUUCUUGGUCUAGUGUUGAGCAACCUUCGCACCAAACUCGCGGAGGAUACAUUAACCAACAUACUAUUAGUAAAGUUGAACAAAGCUCUAUUCCCGCAGGCUAUUGCGACGGCCUACAACUGGAAAGAAGUCGAAAGAAAUUAGAUCACUGUUUGAUGAUUGAA